AUGCACUACCUCAAAGGCAGCAGCGACCAGGACUUGUGCCACGAUGGUUUGGCCUGUGGUGAGAAAGGCUCGACGUGGCACGGUUCCGCGGGGUGCUGCCAUGAAAUCCCCGUGGGCACCACGGCCUUGCCCCCUUGCCAUGACCCCGGCAGCCUCAGCCGUGACGUUGAGGGGUCCUGCCAGAGCGAACCGCAAGGCUGCCAGCCCCUCGAGCCGUGCCCACCCCGGAGCUGCCGCCCGCCUCAGCAAAGCUGCGAUUUCGGCAAGCCCUGGCGGCGGGUGGAGGUGAGCCACGUGCAGCCCGUUUGCCCCCCACCUGUGAAAAUCCAUCGCCGGCCGCUGCAGCAGUACCGUCCACCCCUGCACUGUGAGGAGCCGGGCUGCUGUGGCAAACCCCGGAGGCGAGUGGAGCAGUGCCCGGUGGAGGAUGCCUGUCCCCCCGUGAUACUGCAUCCCCGGCCGCUGCAGCACCGCUGCCCCUGCGCCCCGAGCUGCCGCCUACCCGUCCAGCGCUGCUGCCCGACCACGGCGCCGCUGCAUCCCAGCCAGCACCAGCAAAAGCAAAUCCCUCUCUUGCCCCCCUGCCUGCAGAAGAAAUGA